UGCCUAAUUACAUGGAGCGUUUAGUUUUUGUGUUGUUUUGUUGCAUUGUUUAAUGUGCAAAUUAUAAGCGAAAUAAUUUGGGUUUUGAUGAGGUUGUGAUUAAUUAUUGUACCAUGUUGGUUCUUUUUGUAUUGAUUUUGCAGAAUACGUUUAGAAAAAGAUAAAUAAUGAUUUAGUUCUCCGUGAUGCAAAGGUGUCAUUUCUUGGCACCUCACAAUCUAAAAAUCAUGGCACCUAUGCGCAGAAAAAGCCAUGGAAGUAUAAGGUCACCACAUGUUAAACGAGACAGCCAGUCUCAGGUUGUAAUUGAAGGCUGGCUGUACAAAUUAGAAGGUGGUGCUUUGAAGCAGUGGAAACAACGAUGGUGUGUCUUAGCAGAUUUUUGUCUGUUUUUUUACAAAGGGCCACAUGAAGAAAAAGUAACAUCAUCGAUUUUGCUUCCAAGCUAUAAAAUUAACCCUUGCAGUACAGAAGAUAAAAUAUCAAGAAAAUUUGCUUUCAAAGCUGAACAUCAGAAUAUGAAAACAUAUUAUUUUGCUGCUGAAGAUAAAGAAAGUAUGAAAAGGUGGAUGAAUGCUAUGUCUUUAGCUUCUAUAAUGCAAAAGUUUGUGAAAUCAGAAAAUUUUGAUGCUACUUUUAGCUCUGCUAGCAAUGAUGAUGAAGAAUCAGGAUUUUCUUCAUAUCGCUCCAGACGUUACACUAGCCACAAAUUAAACUCUACGUAUGACCCAAGUUUUAUUCAUGAACCUUUAAAGCAAAGAUCAAACAGUUGUGGUGAUAGAAUGGGAGAAGUGUACCUUGGAAGUGAUGAUAAGUAUCCAAAUACAUUUAAAAGUAUUCCAUCUCAUUUGUACAAAGCAUCUUGCACUCCACAUGAUGCUCCUAGACGACAGCCUUUGUAUGCAAAUGCUCCUCCAAAGCCAAAGCGGCUAACUCAGUCUGAAGGUUUUCCCAUAUAUCCUAAUGAGUGCUAUGACACACGAGAUAGCAUGUCUUCAUCACAAUAUCAUUGUGAAAUGCAGAGCAGUAGAAUACACUCUGGUCAUCAGAACCAAAAUGCUAAAACAUAUCUUCCUAUGGAAACAAAUGUAUCACAUCCACCAAACCAGGAUAUGGAUUAUAGAUCUGCCCCAAAAAACAUCGAUCAUGCUUUUGCUCAAAAUGCAGGUGUUGAACAUUUUUCUGAUGUGUACAAAAAUCAACCACCUAGACCUCAUUCUGCAGAUUUCUUGGAACGGGACUCAGAGUGCCACGUACCCCCUGAUACUGUUAAGUGUUGUGAAAAUUUGCAGCCUCAGAGACCAAAAUCUAGCCUAGAAUGUUAUAAUCGAUAUGUGGAUUCUGAAGAGGAAGAUUUUGAUGAUUACGGGAAGGCUGUCAGGGUUCAAGCUGAUAACUUAUAUGCUAAUAAGAAUUUACUUAAACCUCGUUACUCUCGUGUACCUGCACAAGAAACUUGUAUUUCUACGUCUGAUCAGAAACUUAACAUCCAUUAUGUAGGCAAUAGUUAUUUUAGGAAUAAGGAUUACAUGCCAUCAUCUUAUCGAGCAAAAAGUAUUAUGAACGAACAGCCUGAUGUUUGCCCCCAAACUACCCAAUCAUCUUACCCUCAAAAUUCUAAUAUACAGACCAGCCAAUCCAAAUCAAGAAAGUCGCGUGAAGAGUCUAUGCAGAGGUUACUUGAGUGGAAGCAAAGAAUGCUACAAUCUCCUCUUUCUAAAAGAAAUCAUUUGCAGUCAAAUUCAUCAUCUGAUACAAGUUCUCCAAUGAAUUCCCCGUUAAAAACUGGUAUGCAGAAUCAAUAUCAGAAGCAAGUUAGGAAGGAGUUGGAAUCUCAUGAGGCAGAAUUACGUAAAUAUGCUUUAUCUGGUCAUAAUAAGUAUAGUUAUUCUUCCCCAGAGCCAAAUUCUCAGCCAUAUGCUUGUAAAGUGUAUAAUAAUUAUAUGUCAGGAAAACAGUAUCAAAAUCAACAGGUCUGUGAUUCAAAAGUGCCCAGUUUUGACUAUGAAAGUCAAGGAGACUAUUAUACAGUUUCUAAACCUGUACAGACUAAUUCUAACUUGAGUAUGAAUGACUCACGUGUUUGUAUGACUGAAAACAUUUGUCAAGAAAAUUUGAUGUAUUGUGUUGACUCUGAAAACAAUGAAAUAUUAUUUUCAUAUGAUGACAAUUCAUUUAGCAGUUGUAAUAUAUCUAAAACACUCCAAAACAGCCAUUACCCUCCUCAAAUGCAUUCCUUUAGCACAAUGCAUAAUGUAAGUGAUAUUGGCAAUGAAAGUCAAGACUUGAGUACACAAGAUGGAUGUAAUUCAUCUGAACAGUUAUCUGUUAAAGAUGAGUAUAAAAAGUUCAAUAAUUCUCAAGAAAUGCUAGAUACAAGUAAUUCUUCUGCUGUUGAAUUACAGGCUACUGCUUAUUCAUCUGAUGAUGAAGAUGGCAUAACAGAAGAAUGUGACUUGAAUCCAAGUGCUAAAACUUCUAAGGAACAGAAAAGUGAUAUAUAUGCUAGUUGUGAAGAUCAACUUCUGACAGAUAGAUACCAUUCUUCUUCACCUGAUUAUGUAAAUAUUGGUGCAUUCUCUGGAGAACUUCAGGCAGAUUCCUCACAGAAAAUGUAUUCUGCAAAUGCUCUUUAUAAAAAUCCAUCAGAAAUAAAUCAUGCUGUAUUAAAACCAUUAGAACAAGUUUCCAAAAAUUUGCAUUUUGAUGAUCAACAGAACGCUAAAGUUAUUCAACCUAUUAUGAAACAUCCUGAACUAACAUCAUGUUCAAAUACUUCCAGCAAUUUUAAUAAAGUAGAUCUGGAUCAAUCUGUUGGACACCAACAAUCUGAAGCUCAACUGUAUCAGCAACAGAAAUGUAAAGACAUAGAUUCAAGAUUUAUGUAUGAGGAUGAGGCUGAAUUUGACAUAAAAAGAGAGGACUAUUAUCGUGCUUCCCAAAUAUACUAUGCAUCUACAAGAAUGAAAAAUAAACAUAAUGCAUCUGAGCAGCAUACAGAAUCAAAAGACAUUCUUCCUGCCAGUAGAACACAACCAUAUGCAAAUUUCCCAUGGCACACUGCAUAUGGUAAAGAUAAGAAAAAUUUGUCAAAUCUUGAUAAAGAUGUGGGAAUUCCCCUUCCUGCACCUUCUUGCAAGCUAGUCAAUAAAACAAAUGCACCAAAUGCUAAAAGCAGUUUUCAAUCAACGCACUUAAAUGAUAAAAACCCUUGCAGUAAUUCUCUUGAUUUCAAUCCUCCAGAAAAAAUCACGGAACCAAAAUUAAUCCAAGAUUUCACCGUAGCAGGAGUUGUGUGUGAAACAGAAAAGAAAAGUUUAAGUUAUGAAGAAAUGAGAGGACAACUUUUGCGCAAAAGAGAAGCUCCGCCUCCAAAUAUUGUACAGGAUCGUAUCAAAAAGUUUGAAACUGUAGAUUAUGCUCUUAAAAGUAAUAAGAACAUGAGUGCUGGAAAUGUUACUAGUUCUUCUCUUCCAUCAGACACUCCAGUACAAAAGGAAGCUUUUAUUAGUAGGGGUCUUGGCAAAAGAAGUAGACUUAAAACAAAUCGCAUGAGAUCAAAUAGACGAAUUUUACACAGUGAUUCAGAAGCAGUGGCUAUGGAAGGGACAGAUGAGAGCUCUGAUGAUUUAACAAUGAAAUCAGCACCAAUUUUACUCUCACCAUUGUCUUCCGUUUUGGCUGAUUUAAGGAAAACUGCCGAUUCAGGCAAAGAAAAAUAUAAGCCUCCUUCAAGAGAACCUGUAAUCCAUACUAAUAAUAUGAAGGAAUAUUUUCUUGCAUUCAAUGAUGAUACUUCCAAAAUGACUAGCCAAAAAACUUAUUUGAAAAAGAUCAAUAAAAGAGUUACAGAAUCUCAUGUGAAUGACACUGCCACUGAAUCUCUUGAAAAUGGAGAAGCUGAAUACUUGCCAAUGUGUGGUAUAAAGGUUUUAAAAGAACCAGAAUAUGUAACUAUGAGUAGCAGUAAGCUAUGUUCAAGCUCUGCUAGUGAUCCUAAAUUGAAAAAUACAUCUGAAGGUGAAGAACAUGUGUAUAAUGAACCAUUUUCUCCUCCGCAAAGUUUCUUACAUGAUGUUUAUGAAAAACAGAAGACAAAGCAAUUUCAGUACCACAUGAAGUCCAGCAGUUCAGAUGAUUCUUUGACUGAAAAUAUAUAUGAAAAACCAAUGCAUAGAUAUGGAUCUUCUAGUGGAUCUCGAAGUAUGAAAAGUGAAUACACUCAUAAUUCUGUGCAAGAAACCAAUUUUGUUUUAAUGAGCAGUCUUUCUUGUUCAAAUGUGACAGCUGUUGGGAGAAGUAGUGAAGUUGAUAAUAGAGAUUAUCUGAGGAGUAACAAGAAUAAUGCUUCUCGACGAAAUAUGCAUCAUUAUGAAGAAAUGCAGCUCAGUGUUUCUGUUCCUGAUUUAUUACAGUUACAAGAAAUGAAAGACAGUGAUGCUUCAGAUGCAGAUGAUGAGGCUAGCAGAGAUUUUGAUACAACUGCCAAUGCCCCUUUGUCUUCAUAUCAGUCUUCUGUAUUAGAUCAGUUUCCUAUAGAAAAUGAGAGAAAUAUUGAAAUGAAGCCUGGGUGUAAUUCAUCAUUUAAUUCAGCAAUACCAUGUAAUUCAUCAUUUAAUUCUGAAAUUCCACAUAAUUCUGAAAUUCCAUGCAAAUCUUCAUUUAACUCUGAAAUUGCUACGUUUGCUCAUGAAGAUCACCUUAAUUCUUCUGAUUUGUAUUACUUCCAUCAGUACAGUUCAUCAACAAAUAAUGUUUCAUAUCAAAAAGAGCAUGAAAUUUUACCUCAAGUUAAACCAUUACCAUCAUAUGAAGCCGUAACAUGUUCAAAUUCUGGUUCUGCUUUAGAACUCAAUUGUGGUCAGAUGGUAAUGAAAAAAGAAUCAUCUGAUGAUGAAAAGAAAAUUCAUGUUCGGAAAUUGAGAGUAUAUACCAAAGGCAAAAAGCCUGAAGCGCCAAAAAUUUUCCCUGUGCCAUUUAAUCUAGAAGAUUCUGAGAUAUGUAAAAUCAUAGAACGAAAAGAUGCAAAACAUCUCAAUUCUGUGCCAUCAAGUACUUCCAAACCUAUAAAUUCUAAUGUUCCUGAUGAUGCUUCUUUACUGGAAAGUGCUCCACAGACAGAAACUAAAGAAAUGUGCCAUGAUAAUUCUCUGAUUGAAUCCUCUUGUGUUUCAUAUAAGUCAUCCUACACUCCUGACAUUAUACCAUCCAUAAUAGAGGAUACAAGAUCUUUGCAUGAAAAGUCAUCAACCUCAAAAUCUCCUAAUUCUGCUCCUUAUUAUUAUUCUGAUUUGUUUGGUCAUAGUGAACAGCUAUGUUUGAGGAGAAAUGAAAUGCCAUAUUUUGAUAAGACUAGUCCUCAGAAGAAUAAUCCUGCUCUUUUAAACAACAUUCGAUCCAAAAGUCCAUCUAGUCUUUGUAAAGGGGAUGUUGGAAGAAAAGUUAAUAAAAUUAAUAAUAAAGAAUAUGUUUCUGAUGAUAAGAUUGUACAGAAUGAAAAGCCGUUAAUAAAAUAUUGGAAGGGUGAAGGUACCAAAUGUAACAUUAGAAGUUCUCUUGAUAUUUUUCAGUGUUCUAAAUCUAAAUAUUUAGAUGCAGAGAAAAACAAGUAUGAAGCUGGCCAUACAUUAGAAAAAACUAGAUCAAGCAGUACGAUGUCAUAUUUUAAACACAGAUCCUCCACGCCAGAUCUUAACAUUUGUCAGUAUCAGUCUGAUGAACCAGUUUAUGAGAAUAUUGUAUUUCAACCAAAAUUACCAUUGCAGAAGAGAUUAUCUCAGUCUCUUGAAGGCAUUCCAAAUGCACCUGAAUUCAUUGAUGAAAAGAAGGUACAGUGUAGCCCUGUGUAUGAAAAUAUUCAGUUUUUUAAUCAGAUAGAAUCUGUCGAAAAACAAGUCAAUACAAAUGAUCUUCGAAGUGCUUUACCAUCUCCUGAAGAUAUUAAAACAUCUAACAGGAGUAGUAAACAAAUUUCAAGUGAUGCCUGUGUUUUGCAUUAUCAACAGUUUUCAGAAGUUACACCAUCUGCCCAGCCUUACGAAAGUAGCAGAAUUGAUAAACCUGAUUUGUCUGAUAAUGAUAUUGAUUUUUUAGAUCAAAAUAUGUUACGUCAAGUGAGCAAAAAACAUUUUUUUGGUAAAAACAUUCGAUAUAAUAUCCCGGCUUCCAGCUUCAGAAAUGAAUUAUUUAAGAACUCCUCUGAAUAUCUUAAGGAACCCAGUCUGAUAAAGCAUGAUAAAGGUAACACUUAUAGUGAGAAUAAGUUACUUGAGGCAUCAUCAAUGAAUGCAUUUCCUGACGGAUUCAAGGACAAACCAAAUGAAUCAGAUAGUACAUCAGCCGCUACUUCUUCUUGUGAUGAAGCCUCUUUAGAUUCAGAUGGGAGAUUCAAAAGUGCAAAUAGUAAAGUGAAAUAUCAUGGUUUUUCAAGAGCUUCUUCCAGCUUUGAAAGUAAUGUGAAAGAGCCAAGCUAUGUAAAGAAACUUGUCCAGCAGUCAGAAGGCCUUAUGUGUAAAGGAAAGAGAUUAAGUGUAUCAGCGGGUGAUCUUCUAGGGAAAACACAUGAAGAAUUGGUGCUUCUCUUAAUUCAGCUGAGACGUAAUCAGGCAAAAAUCUUAAGGUCUAAAGAAAAAUUAGAGCAACAGUUGGAGAAUGAGCAGAAGUUACCUCAACAGUCUUCUCUUGGGCAGCAGUUGCCUUCCCAGAAUUACAAAGAGAUACGAUUACAGAUACGGCAGCUAGAGAAUCAGUAUGAAGUCACUCAACCUCUUGUAACAUUAGUUGACAACAUGGUAAAACUUGGGAGCUUAUAUGGAAGUAGUCAUCGCAGGAGUUUUUCUCUUCCACUUCUAGAUUCUUCACAAGAUGAACCAAGGCAUUCUGUUGAAGUCGCACAGUCUCCUGAACAUGUUGGUGAAUCAAGUAUUUUAUCUAAGUUAUUAACAGAAGAAAAUAAUUUGCAGAAACGCAUCAGUGAAAUUUAUAGUCUGGACAAAGGCUUACGACAUGAGACUAACAGUAUUACUUCCUUGCAUCAAGACAAGAAAAUGUUGGAACAUACACUUUGUGGAAUGCAAAAUAAAAUUUUAGAUCAUCAGGAUAAGCCUGGAGAAUUGCAGAAACUACGAAAGCAACAAAGAAUGAUAGAAAAAGAAUUAGUGCGUGUAAAACGUCUUCUCAGCACAAGUGCAAAAAAAAUUGAAGAUGCUGCAUCUAAAAAUGACCAAAUGGAGCAAGAAAUAUUAUUGUUGAGACAGAUAUUACAACAAGCCUUAAAAACUGGAUCAUCAGAUUUACAAGCAUCUCAGCACAAUAGAGCUGAUUUAGAAGCAGAGCUUACUCGAUUGCAGAAUGUUCUAGAUGAGCUUGCAAAUCACCGUCAUGAAAUUAACAACACAGUUGAAAAAUUGAAAAGCGAAGCACGUUCAAGCAUGUCUAAGGGAACUGAAGUCAGAGCAAGUCCAACUGGUGUUGCAGGUUCAGCACCACUUCCUUUACGUAAGAAGCAACAUAGUACAUAUUUGGAAACUGAUUUGGACACAAUGACAAUGAGAGAUUUAGCAAUAAUCCAUGAAAAAGAUGGGGAUGAUAUACCAGUAUAUGCAAAUGCUGAAGAAAUAAAUAGU